AUGGGUAGUCUUUUCGGAGAAAUUUGUCAUAUUUUCUGUUGCCCCCCACGACCUUCUCAUAUUGUGGCCAAGUUUGCAUUUCUGCCACCCAUUCCAACGUAUUCAAUCGUUCAGUCUUCUGAUGGAAGUGAAUGUCAAAUUAACUUUAAACCCGAAGUUGGUCCGAUCCGUGAAUAUGCCAAAUCUACUAUGAAAGCGUUUUAUACUAUUACUAAACGAAAAUCUCGAAUUGCUUGCCUCUAUAUUCGAUAUUCUCCUACAAGUUCUCGUCACGCCUUGUCAUCUUCGAAUCAUGACGAUUCAUCCGAUCGUAUUACUAUACUCUUUAGUCAUGGAAAUGCCGUGGAUAUUGGGCAGAUGGCAGGAUUUCUCUUUUCGUUAUCUCAACGGUUUGAAGUUAAUGUUCUCGUCUAUGAUUAUUCUGGAUAUGGGGCUAGUACUGGUCAAACUCUUGAAGCCAAUCUUUACGCUGAUGCAGAGGCGGCUCUGGCGGAAUUGGUCGAACGAUUUCAUUGUCCUCUAAGUCGCAUUGUCCUCUAUGGCCAAAGUAUUGGAACUGCUCCCACAGUGGACCUUGCCACACGCCACUUGGUAGCUGGUGUUGUUUUGCACUCUGCUUUGAUGUCUGGUCUUCGGGUUGUUUGUCCUGGUACUACCCGGAGGUUCUGUUUUGAUCCGUUCAACAGGUGA